CUCAAAUCCGAAACUAGUAGGCAGUAGCACCCCCACAAUGAAGAAAUAAAAAAUAAAGAGGAGGUUUCAGGGUUGCGCCUUCCUGGGACCUUGACUUUUCUCCUCUUCUUGCUUCUGCUUCUUCUGCCGUCUCUGCCUCAGCUUAAAUUCUUUCCCCGGCACUAACGCUGUUUCACAUCUCAAUACGCUAAACGCUGCUUUGUUUUCUAUUUCUUCAUUCGUCAGUGAUCGCCAGGGGGAGAAACUCCUCAAAUAGAACAUUGGCUGAAAAAGAUAUAAGGACCAAAAAGGAGGCUAGGUGAGGAUCAGUGUUUUAAUUCUCCGACGAAAAUGGAAACAUCGGGUGCUAAUUCAGAACCAUACGCCAUUUCCUCUUCCUCCUCUUCAACUGUUGGAGUAAAUAAUAGUAACAGUAAUAGCAGUGCCUUUACUGAAGCCUGGCACGGGAUGAGGUUAGCCCCUGUCAGCUCCUUCCGUUCUCCAAUUUCUCUUUUGUUGAAUUACGCUGGCAUUCUCCGCUCAAGUUCGCCAGCCCGCGACUCAGGGGCCUUGACAGUCAACAACGGAGUUACCACUUCGGAAGCACGCUCUCAGCUUUCCGAGUCCGGUGCCGCGUGCAGUGGCAGUACUGGUGAAGUUUCAAUACGAAUCAUUGGGGCUGCAGAACAAGAACAGAGUGUCGCGUUAGGUUCCUUUUCUACUCCCACUUUGAAUCAGCUUGGACAAGUCGAUCAUGUUGAUUUGAUGGGAAAUAGAGGAGGAAUGCCCGCAUUGGAUGACGAUGCGGAGGCUCGCAAUGGAAGAGUCCCUCUAGUGUCUUCAUCUACAUCUGCCGCUAGUGGACACGUGGAUGAAGAUGCUGGGAAUGCCUCGGAAAUUAACAAUGGGGAUUCAUCCUCUUACCAGAGGUAUGAUAUCCAGCAGGCUGCUAAGUGGAUUGAGCAGAUUCUUCCUUUCUCACUGUUGCUAUUGGUUGUUUUCAUUCGCCAGCAUUUGCAAGGGUUUUUUAUCACGAUUUGGAUUUCAGCUGUGAUGUUCAAAUCGAAUGAAAUUGUUAAGAGGCAGACAGCGCUGAAGGGAGACAGGAAAGUCUCAAUUCUUUUUGGUAUCUCUUUCGCCUUCAUGCUUCACGUGAUGUGCAUUUACUGGUUGUAUCGAAGUGAUGAUCUUUUAUACCCCCUCAUCAUGAUUCCUCCAAAAUCAGCACCUCCUUUCUGGCAUGCCAUAUUCAUCAUUUUGGUCAAUGAUACACUGGUGAGGCAAGUAGCAAUGGCUUUCAAGUGUUUGCUGCUUAUAUUUUACAAAAAUGGAAGAGGUCAUAACUUCCGCCAGCAGGGCCAAAUGUUGACUCUGGUUGAGUACUCAUUGCUGCUGUAUCGUGCCUUGUUGCCCACGUCAGUUUGGUACCGUUUUUUCUUAAACAAGGAUUAUGGGAGUCUCUUUUCAUCACUGACAACAGGAUUGUAUUUAACUUUCAAGCUAACAUCUGUUAUUGAGAAGGUUCAAUGCUUCUUUUCUGCUUUAAAAGCAUUAUCAAGAAAGGAAGUUCAUUAUGGAAUUUAUGCCACAAUGGAACAGGUAAACGCUGCGGGCGACCUAUGUGCUAUAUGUCAAGAGAAGAUGCAUGCUCCAGUUUUGUUGCGCUGCAAGCACAUUUUCUGUGAAGAGUGCGUAUCCGAAUGGUUUGAGAGAGAACGGACUUGCCCUCUGUGCAGAGCAUUGGUAAAACCUGCCGACCUGCGGACUUUUGGGGAUGGAUCGACAAGUCUAAUUUUCCAACUGUUUUAAACUCACAUCUCAAGCGUUUUUCAGGCUGGAUGAUCAUCAUAUUUGACCCUGCAUUUACCUGAAUAUAUCCAUCCUUUUUUCUAUAAUUUGAGAAAUUUUCUCGUCAAUGGCUGCCCCAGAAAUCAGACUAAAGGAAAGCAUCACAAAUAUGGUUUAUAGUUAGUACAUAAGCACCUGUUCGAUUGUUGUAAUGAUGUAUGAUGAGUAAGGGGUUUUACUUUGCUGCCAGAUACUCAAACGAAUAUCCAAUGGCCUGAUAUUCAGUCGUCUGUCAAAAACUAUGAUGAACACAAAUUUGUUCAUAAUAUUACAUCCCCUUGAAAUUCGAUGUCA